GCGAAACGUGUCAUCACCGAGUACAUUAAAGGGAGAGUACUGCACCCUAUCCAAAAUGGCAGCACGUAUAGCGAAACAUCUGACUAAUGUUGCUAACAGGGGUGUCAAGUACACUAAGGUGAAUGGGCCAACUGCUCUCAAGUAUUUCAGGGCUGAGAUGAUGCCACCAAGCCCGGCAGAACUCCCACAGUUCAUCCGUGAGGCUGGACAGGCUGCAGGCAGAGUUGCAUCACUCUCAGUUAAAAAUAUGACCGUAUAUGAGGCCUUGAUAUCGACGGCUGUGUUUGUUGAAGUCAGUAUGUGGUUCUUCUUGGGCGAGAUGAUCGGCAAGAGGAGUAUCUGUGGCUAUCAGGUCCCCCAUACAUACGCCCAUUAAUCCACUCACAGACUCUGGGCAACUUUGUACAUCUUUGUGAUACUUUAGAGUGUGGAAAUAAAAUAGUUGAGUGUUUCUAAAGAGCAAAAACAACAAAUAAAUGAAGUAAAAUAUCAGGAA